GAGGAAGUACGAACGAAGGAUCCGAUUUUUCGGUUUUUUAAUGAGAGUAUCCAAAGGCAAAGAUGAUCUUUUUUUUUUUCAAAAUGUUGGUUUCCACGACCCGCGUGAAAACUUUUCUUUCCGCCCUUUAACGCAACUGUUUUGCUUUUGCGCGGUAUGUUUUUCAUGGCUCGGUUUGAUUUUUGAAGCAGCGCGAAAGAAGUAGCGCGGACAGCAGGUCUCCGUGCCGCCGAGAGGGCACGAUUUGCCCAUGCGCGGCAAGGUCGCGGGAGGAGGAAGCGCAGUCGUUUGCCUUCCCGCUCGGACCAGCACACCAGACACGUUUUUAGCAGCGGCCCGGAAGCAGAACCGUUUCGGGGUCGUUGUUGAACAUAACGACAAGCGGUUGAACCGCAUCUGAAGGGGAGGACCCCGGGAAGAAACAUAAGUAUUGCUUUUCUGUCGACGUGAAGCGACCCAGACUUCCUUCACGCAAAGAUCGCCAGCAUGCGAUCGGCGGGGGGCAGCAAGCAGACCGCGGCAGCGGUGUCGACCACGUCGACUGUGACCGUGAGCGUCCGCGCACGACCCUUUCUGCCGCGGGAUGAGGGCCAACGCAACGUGGUGCGCAUCCUGCCCGCGAAGGAGGAUGAGAAGGAUAGCAACCCAACGAUCGUUCUGGACGUGCUGACCCCGCAGCUGGUCGGCGACCCGGUGCUGCGCCCGCAGCUGUUUGCCUUCGACCACUGCUUCGACGGCCAGAGUCCGCAGCAGCUGGUGUACGACACGAUUGGGCAGCGGAUCGUGGACAGCGCGGUAAACGGCUACAACGCAUGCGUGUUCGCCUACGGCCAGACCGGCAGCGGCAAGAGCUACAGCAUCAUCGGCCCGGAGACCGACGAGGGGCUGAUCCCCCGGGUCAGCCGGGAGCUUUUCGCGAAGGCGGACGUGGAGGACUUUCGGGUCACGGUUUCGUUCUUGGAGAUCUACAACGAGCAGCUGCGGGACCUGCUGAAUCCGGCCCCGCGGAAAAAGCCCCUUUACGUCCACCAGCACCCGAAACUGGGGGUUUACGUGCCGCACCUCACGGAAGCCCCGGUCACCGACCACGCGGAAGCCAUGAGCCGACUCGACUUCGGGGCGAAGAUACGCGCCACCGCGCAAACCUGCAUGAAUUCCCAAUCCUCAAGAUCGCACUCGCUCUUCAUCGUGCGCAUGACGAGGUUCUAAAUGUUUGAUAGAAUAGUUAUUGCCGCUCGCUUUUUGCCUAAAUCCUAACAGUAGCACAACGAUUUCGAUUAACGAUCAUGCCGACCAAGUGAUAUGAAUAUGACUAACGCUCUGUGAUACCUCGUCAACGGCAUAUUUUACGCUCAGGACGGCCGAGAAGGUCAUUUAUUCCUCAUCGAUCAAUUUGAUCGAUCUAGCGGGGUCCGAACGAGUCAAAAAAGCCGGGCAUCAUCGAGGCGGCCGCAUGUUGGAGUCGAGCGCGAUCAACUCCAGCCUUUCUGUGCUGGGGCUUGUCAUAUCGAAGCUCGCUGGUGAAGCCAUCAAGAAGGGACAGCAUGUACGUACGUGGUUGUUUCUCCUUAUUCUCCAACAUCGUGCUCGUGUGAGGACUGGUUUUGUCAGGGAACGGUGGCGGCUGUGCGGGAAAACAAAGUAAAAUUUUUGCAGGUGCCUUUUCGGCAGUCGAAGCUGACGUAUCUGCUGCAAGACGCACUUUCCGGCAACAGCAAGACGUGGAUGAUUGCAAAUAUAAGCCCGGCCCAAACAGAAACGGAAGAGACAUUGUCGACCUUGAGGUACUUGCUUACUUCAGAAGUAGAGCCUAUUUGUAUAGUAAGUAGAAGAUGAAGAACUGAAGAAGAAGACUCGUUGUCGUCGUUGUACUCAAGCGUGCCUAUAGUUCAUUGUGCAUCUGAAGAGGAAAAUUUUAGUGUCUGCUUGGUUGUGCAUGUAAGCGAUCGAUGAACAGCGUCGUGCCAUGCUUCUUUUCAGGUUCGCCCAAUCGGUGAAGAAAGUGCGCUUAACCGCAUCGGUGAACCAGCAGGACGAAACGGAAGCGGACAUGAUGUUGCAGACGUUCCGCACGGAGAUAGAAGAUUUGCGCCAAGAGUUGCACAGCAACCACAACCCCUCGUCUCCGAAGGCGGGGCGCUUGCGGCGCGAGCUGGAAGCCAUCGAGUCCGCCACUGCCAUGGUGUCCUCCAAAUACGACCGCCGAGGCUGGGACGACGCCAGAAGGCGGGAGAAGGAACAGGAACUCAUGCGGCAGGAGGUACAGAAGGCAAAAUGUUGCCAAUCCGCAUAUUUUUUCAUCCUGCGUACGUGUUUUUUUCUACGGAUGCCACCCGAGGUUCAUCACCGCGAGCGCCUCAGGUGGUUCUUUAACGGGUUCUUUUCCCGCAGAAAAAAAAAAUAACGUACUGGAAGUCGUAUCCCAUCAGGUUCUCGCGAACCUGAAAGUGGGCCACAUCAAGGGCUUAGCGUGCGACCAUCCGUACAUACUGAACAUAUCGGACGAUGUUGCUGUCACGGGUCGAUUGCUGUACACGAUCGACCAACCCAUCACACACGUCGGCAGCGCAGCCAACAAUCAAAUUCGGCUUCUGGGACUGGGCAUAGGCGGCGUCAUGUGUAUUAAAAAGUUUAUUUUCGGAUGAAGUGGAAAUGGAAUUUUCGUAACUUAGGAAGCCGCGUGCAAUGCUGUAGUGAGCAGUGCCGCCGCUGGCCGCACAGUACGAUUCAAACUUCUGCAGUGAAACUGGUUUUCCAGGCACUAUCAAGCGUGACGACGGGGCGAACAAGCAGGAGAUCAAGCUGCACCUGCAAAAGAAGGAAAAAGGCGGCAGGCUGAUGAUCAACGGGCGCGAGGUCGCGGACGGAACCGUGACGGAGCUGCAGCACGGGGACCGGCUGGUAAUCGGCCGCGCGUUCUCGUUCCGACUCAUCAUGCCCGGCAUGCCCACGACAGAGGAGUCGAUCGCAGAAACCAGUUCCGUAGAAGAUCCAGAGCUGCGGAAGUUGCAGGAUGAUGUGGAUGAAAGUAACUUCUGCUGUAGAUACAGUUUGUCUUCUUCAGAUUUGCAAGAUCCAUAAUCCAUAGUCCAUGGUCGUGAAAUGGUAGGAGUAAGUGAGUCAGUAGCUUGCAGCUGUCCACAACUUUUUCGUGUCAGAGAAGAUUUGUUGUGUUCUUCGCGAUCAACUACAAAAACAAUCGCAUAGGCAACGAGCUUAUCCGAGAGCUGCUUGGUGAAACGGGACCCCAGUUGUCUGUGGGGGUUCUUUCCAACUGCAGUCCGCCGGCGACGUCGAGCCACGCCAACGGGGAUUCCGCGGGCUCCGGCGGCGCAACACAGCAGGGUCAGGAGCCUGGCCAGAGCCCCGGGUUUUCGUCGCAAAGUCAGUUGAGCAACAGCCCCGUCCACGUGGUGCAGCAGCGCGACGAGUCGGGGAGCCUGGUGGCGGUCUGGCUUCAGUCGGCGUUUUACUGUCGUCUAGACAUCAUGCGAGAUCUGUACCAGCAGCACCUGGAAAACCUGCGGUCCGCCACAGAGGACGGGGCCACGAACCCCACCUCAACAACCGAGGGCGAGGCCUGGACAGAGGGAGGCGGUGGGGGGAAGGAGGACACACUGCAAGCCACACAAGUUUGGGAGCCGGGAUCCACAAACAUAAUGUAAACCGAAAGGCAUCAUCUUCAUCUUCUGACUCUUAGAUCCCCGGUCGCAGAAGAGCCAGCUAUUACACGCGAGUAAGAGUAGGAGUCGCAGCUUUUUGAAUCAAAAUUUUUUAUAAGAGUACAGCUAGUCAAGCGCACAUAUUUUUAUUCAGGCAGAUGCAAAAUAAAGUCGUACCAUCACCACUGCAGCUUUUCGCACAUCAUUUUAUCUAGACAGAAUACAGGAUGCUUAUUGACCCCCUGGUAAACGGGGGUCUGCGUCUCGACGUUUUCUACGUUUGUAUCAGAGCAUGGAAUGAAGGCUCGGUUGCGGCUGAGGUGCGAGGGUUUAAGAAUGGCGACACCGAUCGUGGUGCUCCUCUAGUCAUCCACACAACUCCGGCCCAGCAAGUAAGAUAGAGGAGAUAGGUAAAGGCACGAAUUCAAAUCAAGUGACGUGAUUUUGUACUGG